GCGGAGGAGAACCGCUGCGGACCGGGCUAUGCUGGAGGGCUGGCUGAAAAGCUGGCUGCGGGUUCCGGAGGAGCGCUCUGUCCUUGCUGGAGGAGUCGGGGUGGGUGGCCAGGAAGAUGAUACACAUGCUGCAUGCAGUCGCUGACCGCACACGAUGGACCCGGUCGGGCACUGCCAGGAGGGCUGCGUGCCUGGCGGCUGCGGCAUUCGCACUGAAGACUUUCUACCCCAUCAUCGGCCGGCGCCUCAAGCCGCCGGGCCCCGCGGGCACCGCAGAGGCAGCCCACCCGGAUGCCCAGGACCGAGCGGUCCUGCAAUGCACCGAGACCGCCUGCCGCAGACCUGCACCGGGAGUGAACGCAGAGUUUUUCAGAGAGCUCCUAGAACUUCGGAAAAUUCUCUUUCCCAAACUUGUGACUACUGAAACGGCGUGGCUCUGCCUCCAUUCCGUGGCUCUCAUCUCAAGAACCUUUCUGUCUAUCUAUGUGGCUGGUCUGGACGGGAAAAUCGUGAAAAGCAUUGUGGAAAAGAAGCCCCGGACUUUCAUCAUCAAAUUAAUCAAGUGGCUUAUGAUUGCCAUCCCGGCCACCUUCGUCAAUAGUGCCAUAAGGUACCUGGAGUGCAAACUGGCUUUGGCCUUCAGGACUCGCUUAGUAGACUAUGCCUAUGAAACCUACUUUACGAAUCAGACUUAUUAUAAGGUGAUAAAUAUGGAUGGGAGGCUGCCGAACCCUGACCAGUCUCUUACUGAGGAUAUUAUGAUGUUCUCCCAGUCUAUGGCUCACUUGUAUUCCAAUCUAACCAAACCUAUUUUAGAUGUAAUCCUAACCUCCUAUACACUCAUUCGGACUGCUACAUCCAGAGGAGCAAGCCCCACUGGGCCCACCUUAUUAGCAGGGAUUGUCGUGUAUGCCACUGCUAAAGUGUUGAAAGCUUGCUCUCCCAAAUUUGGCAAACUAGUGGCUGAAGAAGCUCAUAGAAAAGGCUACUUGCGGUACGUGCACUCCAGAAUUAUAGCCAAUGUGGAAGAAAUUGCUUUCUACCGAGGACAUAAGGUAGAAAUGAAGCAACUUCAGAAAAGUUACAAAGCUUUAGCAUAUCAGAUGAACCUUAUUUUAUCCAAACGCUUGUGGUACAUCAUGAUAGAACAGUUCUUGAUGAAGUAUGUUUGGAGCAGCUGUGGACUAAUUAUGGUGGCUAUACCAAUUAUCACCGCAACUGGCUUUGCAGAUGGUGAUCUAGAGGAUGGCCAGAAGCAGGCUAUGGUUAGUGAUCGGACGGAAGCCUUUACCACUGCCCGAAAUUUAUUGGCCUCUGGAGCUGAUGCUAUUGAACGGAUCAUGUCUUCAUACAAAGAGAUCACUGAAUUAGCAGGCUAUACUGCUAGAGUAUACAAUAUGUUUUGGGUCUUUGAUGAAGUAAAAAGAGGCAUUUAUAAGAAAAUUGCUAUCAUUCAAGAGCCUGAAAAUUAUAGCAAGAAUGGAUCUAAUAUAGAAUUACCUCUCAGUGACACUCUGGCAAUCAAAGGAAAAGUUAUUGAUGUGGAUCAUGGAAUUAUUUGCGAAAAUGUUCCCAUAAUUACACCAACGGGAGAAAUGGUGGCUUCCAGACUAAACUUCAAAGUAGAAGAAGGAAUGCAUCUUUUGAUAACUGGUCCAAAUGGUUGUGGGAAAAGUUCUCUCUUCAGAAUUUUAAGUGGGCUCUGGCCUGUGUAUGAAGGAGUCCUUUACAAACCACCUCCUCAACAUAUGUUCUAUAUUCCACAAAGGCCAUAUAUGUCACUUGGAAGCCUCCGGGAUCAAGUCAUUUAUCCUGACUCCAUCGAUGACAUGCAUAAGAAGGGUUGUACUGAUGGGGAUUUAGAAUGCAUUCUACACAAUGUCCACCUCUACCACAUAGUUCAAAGAGAAGGAGGAUGGGAUGCUGUUAUGGACUGGAAAGAUGUCCUGUCAGGAGGGGAAAAGCAAAGAAUGGGAAUGGCACGUAUGUUUUAUCAUAAACCAAAAUAUGCAUUGCUGGAUGAAUGUACAAGUGCUGUCAGCAUUGAUGUUGAAGGAAAGAUAUUUCAAGCUGCAAUAGGGGCUGGGAUAUCCUUGCUGUCGAUAACACACAGGCCUUCUCUUUGGAAAUACCACACUCACUUAUUACAGUUUGACGGUGAAGGAGGUUGGCGCUUUGAGCAACUGGAUACUGCUACCCGAUUAACACUGAGUGAAGAAAAACAGAAGCUAGAAUCUCAGCUAGCUGGAAUUCCUAAAAUGCAACAGAGACUCAAUGAACUAUGUAAAAUUUUGGGAGAAGACUCAGUGCUGAAAACAAUUCAAAACAAGGAUGAGAUAUCCUAAUUUAUUUUGACACGUCUUGAAAAUUAACCUUUGCUUAAUGGCUCAGAGACCCUCUACUGUACUGCAUGCAAUGUGUUAAGCUAAGCAGGAAAAAGAAGCCAGCAAGAAAUGUUUUAUUUGAUUUUAGCAUUGGGGAAUUAUAUGGUAACUUUUCAGAAGAAAAUAAACAACUGCAGUAUGUGCAAUUAGUCAUUGUGGCUCAUACUAAUUCCCUGUGAAAGAUAAUUCACCUGCAAAACAGGCUUUUCUGAGUGAAUUCAUAGUGAAUACCAGAUUAUCAUAUAUAUGUGAGGUGUCUUAAGUUCUUUACAUUGGUAAAAAUCUCCAAAAUGUAAAACCUAAGAAUAGCAAUUGGGUUAUUAUUGCAUACACAAAGUUAGAACUUUGUUUAUUGUCUCAAUCUAUUUAUAAUUGAUAUCCAGUUUAGUACCUGCAAUUUAUUACUAUUCAUCAAUGAUAGUGGCCAACUAAGUCUGUGUUCC